ACCAGCAUUACUGAUCAUUUCGCCAUGAUACGAACGCGUUGCGUCUGUCACGCAGUGGUUAGUUGACCAGUAACAGGAACGCGCGUAGUUUUGAGUCUCAUUUUACGUUUCCCGCGUAUUUUACGGGCGUGAUUUAUUGUGAAAAUAAUUUAAAUUAUUUAGUUUGAAAGUGUUGUAGAAGUUGUUAUAGAAUAAGACUGAAAAAUGGAUGUUCCAGUAAGAGAAAGUGUUUUGUGGCGUGUCUUCCCAGCCAGAUACAUAUUGGCAGUUCUUGGGUCCAUAGGCUUUGCAAUAGUCUAUGGACUCAAAGUGAACCUUUCAGUUGCCAUGGUGGGAAUGCUUAACCACACUGUGAUCAAGAUGGCCCAGGUAGCUGAAGGUGGACAUGAGAACAAGAGUGUACAAGAGUUGUUGGGAGGGGAAGAGGAAUGUGCCCCGACUGGGGGAAGCAGCAAUGUUACAGAACAAGAUGGUCCCUUCGUGUGGUCUUCCGAAGUACAAGGCAUUGUCCUGAGUUGUUAUUUCUGGGGAUAUUUCGUAUCACAGUUACCUGCUGCCCGCAUAGCAGAGUUGUACUCAGCGAAAUGGGUGAUGUUCUUCAGCGUGUUCAUCAACGUGGUGUGCACUCUGCUUACUCCGGUCAUGUGUGAACUGCAUUAUUCUGCUGCUGUGCUCAUGAGGAUCGGGGAAGGCAUUGGUGGGGGUGUGACAUUCCCGGCGAUGCACACGCUGCUGUCUAAAUGGGCGCCACCAUCAGAGCGCAGCUUCAUGGCAGCGUUGACGUAUGCCGGCACCUCGCUCGGUACUGUCAUCUCUAUGCUGAUGGCGGGAGUUCUUACUGCUAAUAUCGGUUGGGAGAGCGUAUUCUAUGUGAUGGGAGGUUUAUCGCUCAUAUGGUGCGUGCUAUGGGUGGUGUUAGUUCAGGACUCGCCGCAACAGCAGCGGUUCAUGACGGCUGAUGAGAGAGCUAUGGUCACCACGGCUCUGGGCAACCAGGGACAGCAGUCGCAUAAGCAUAACCACCCAGUGCCAUGGCGAGCAGUAUUCACAUCGCCGGCAUUCCUGGCUAUCCUGGUAGCUCACACGUGUUCCAACUUCGGCUGGUACAUGGUGCUCAUUGAGUUGCCCUUCUACAUGAAGCAGGUGCUCAAGUUUAAUAUGACUGAGAACGCAUUAGCGGUGUCUAUGCCAUUCCUAUCUCUGUGGUUCUUCAGCAUGGUGUUGAGUCGCACCCUGGACUGGCUGCGCGGCAAGUCCAUCAUCACCACCACCACGGCCAGGAAGAUUGGCACUAUAUGUGCAUCUCUAGUGCCAGGAGGCUGUUUGCUAGCGAUCUGCUACAUCGGCUGCAGCCGGGCGGCGGCGGUGGCGCUCAUGGCGGUCGCCGUCACGUCCAUCGCCGGCAUGUUCUGCGGCUUCCUCUCCAACCAUAUCGACAUCUCGCCUAAUUUCGCUGGUACACUGAUGGCUAUCACGAACACAGUGGCGACAGUACCCGGCAUUGUGGUGCCCAUCUUCGUAGGAUACGUCACUCAUGGAAACCAAACAAUACACGCAUGGCGCAAGAUAUUCUUCACCACCAUAGGCUUAUAUGUCAUCGAGUUGGUAAUGUACACUAUAUUCGGCUCCGGAGAGGAACAACCUUGGAACAAAGUGGAGACUGAAGACAAGAAGGAAAGCAAGCCUCUUAAUAAUGAAUAAUUUUACUAUAGAGUGAAUAAGAAAGUUUUAAAAGGAAAUUUCUCAAAAAUAUGUGAACGUCAAAAUUACAAAAGUCAGUCUCAUAGAAUUUCUAUCCUUUAUUUUUCCCUUUAACACGUUCGAGGACAGAACGAGAUUAAACGUCAUCGUUCGAAAUUUUGAUAUGGCACAACGUACAAUGACGUCCAAAUAACUUUUUGACUUUACAACAGAACGUUCAUUUCCGGUGAAAGUUCAAGUUAAAAUCCUAUUGAAUGUAUCUUGAGUUACAACAUGUAAAAUACCCGAAGCUGUACUGUCACGUAGAGUAAGUUUUAAACUAUUUCAAAUAAGUUCCGUUGACAGUGGGCGGUAACGGUACUCAACACGCACAACGCGCAACGUGUAUACACGUCCCGCGCGCACACCGCGCUCGGUUGUGUCAUGACGUCUUUUAAAAAUAUAUUUUCAUGGGACGCUACGUGCAUACACGUCGUAUAAUUUGUAUGGACAUUUACUGUGUCAUUUUGGUAAACAAUCUCAAGUUGUAGCGUCCGCGAAAGUGGAAUAGGAAGAAGUAAAAUAAGUCAAUUGAUGUGAAUACUACUGCCUUUUAGUUAAGUUUAAACCUAACUAGGUACGACUGUUUAGUUUACAAAAAACUUAAAACUAUGACUUACAAGGAUCUGUCUAAAUGUUGUGAACUCUAUCGCAAUUGACUGCCUAGGCAGGUUUAUAUCCAUCCUCCGAGCCUUUUUCCAAGUAUAAUGGGGUCGGCUUCCAGUCAAGGCAGGUUUGUAAAGAAUGAUAAUUAAAAAAAAAAAUAGUAGAGAUUUUAUAAUACUUUUAUUUCCUAAAUUACGCUUUAAAUGUUUAGGUAAUCAAUAUAAUAUUAGCUAAUUAAAUAUUUACUGACUUUAUUUAAAGUGGCAGGAAUAAUCUAAGGAUAAUACAUAUUUUGUGGUCUAUCGUAUGUAUAAUGAAUAGUAUUUUUGUAACAAUAACUUUAUUGUUUUUAAUAGGAUUAUAACUGUAUGCGAAAAUGAAAAUUUAGUUUUUACCUAUUUUUAUUUUAAUUGUGAGAGAGGUUAGAUUAUACAUUGGUAAAAAUUAUACUUUUUUGUAAAGGACGAAUUUUCACAGCUUUAUUUUUAGGUGACUUUCGUAUAAAAUUGCGCAACUAAAGUUAAUACGAAAAAAAGUUUUAACUAAUGAUAACAUAAUAUUAUGUUUUCGAUUGAAAUAGAUAUUGGAAGAAAGAUUUCUGAGCUUUUUUGCAAGUCCUAGUAAUUUCUCUCUAUUUAUGGAUCUCGACAAAGUUCUUUUUUGUGACACACUAAUAAAAGUACCUAAAAUUACUGUUUUAUUUUGAAAAUAAUGUGUUUUUUUUUGUAUUUUUAGAUUAUUAUGGACUGACAAAAUUAUGAAAAUAUAGUGUGUAGUGUUUUCAAAGUUUCAUAUGAAAUUAUUAUGCAUUUAUAUUCAAAAUAUUUAAAAAUUGUACUUAUACUUGAAAGUUUGCUUACCAAAGACAUUUUGUGUACUUACGCAAAGGUUUUUUUAUAAAUAAAAAUUAUUUGUUUUA